CUUCUAUUUUGACGACAUGACAUAUAUUUUACUCCUAUAUAGAGGUUUUCUUUAUACUUUUGGUGUACCCUAGCAUCUCCCUUUUCAAUCGUGAGUUGUGACGCUUUCCGCUCUCGCACUCGUCCCCACGCUCGAAUUCACAUUAUGUGACCUAGAUUUACUUGACUCAACCAACAACUCCCUCCCUGUAGAAGUUGCCCGCCGGCGACCCAGAUUUCGAGCGAUUAACGGCGGCAAGAACAGUAUGGAUCCGGAGGCGGCACGCACCGCACGCGACUCCCUGGACUUGGCAUUUCACAUGUCGAACAUCCUCGGCACCGGCCUUGACCGCCAAACCCUCUCCAUUCUCAUUGCGCUUUGCGAUCUGGGUUUUGACCCCGAGGCCUUGUCCGCCGUCGUCAAGGAGCUCACCACAGAAUCUUCUUCUUUCCCGAGACCGCCCGCUCGAUCUUGAAUCUGUAAUUACCCCCAACCCAGGGAUGGGAAAACUCUUUGAUGUUGUUUAGGGAUUCAAACAUGAUGGCAAUCGCUUUGAACGUUCAAAUGUGGCUUUGCUCGUGCGUGGAGCUAUCAUCGCCAUCUCGCUACGAUUCCAGUAUUGAUCUUUGUUAUACUUUUGUUCAUCUUUCAUCAAUGUAGUACUUGUUUCUGUUCAUCUCAUAUCAUUUUCUUGUUUCUGUUCUGAAGAGGAGUUGCUAGGGGGACCCCGGGAUUUUGACACCAAGUACCCCCAAGACCAAUACGGACACACCCGGAUAUUUAAUGUCUAUGCACACACAGACAUUGAAUGUCUGUAUGUGUCUGUAUUGGCCUUGGUGUACAUUGAAUGUCUGUGUAGGGAUUCCCAUCUCACAUGCUGCCACUUAAAUAAAAUUUGGUUCAGUUUCAUUUUUGUGCUAUGUGAAAACAUUUGAGAGAGUGGGGACAUGACAUGAGGUGGAAUAUCUUUUUUGGGACAGGAGAUCCAUUCUCAUAUUUCUUACACUCUAGAAACUAUCGGUGGGCGUUGUGCAAGGGAUAUCCGAGGGGUAAUACACUAGAGGUUUAUUA